GUAACUUAUGGUAACGGAAAGCUACAUCUUACGUAAUAUUUGUUUUCAUUUUGUUUAUUUACAUCAAGGUUUUGUUAAGCCUAAAUUUGAAGUUUUUAUUGCUAUGGAAGAUGAAGUUUCGGUUUCGUUAGAUGGUAAAACUCUUGGUAACCUGCGAGUGGUUGAUUUAAAACAAGAAUUAGAUAAACGGGGUUUAUCGAAAAGUGGAAGUAAAAAAGAUUUGGUUAAACGUUUAAAACAGCAACUUGAAUUUGAGAAGCUGUGUGAAGAAAGAAAGUCAACUAGAGAUUGUGAUCUGAACUUACAACUUGAUGCUGCUACUGAGCAAAAUGAGUUUGUGCAGCAGUAUUUAGCUCAACAGCAAAAAAUAUAUGCUGAACAAAAGGAAGUAAAACGCCUUGUUGAACUUGAAGAAAUCCAUAAAAGUAGUGAUGAGCAAGAGAGUUGUGAAUUUACAAAGGUGGAUGAUAAUCAAGAGACUUUUGAAAAUCUAACUGAAAAUCCAGAAUUAGUCAAAUUAACUGAUAAUGUUAACAAAGAGGAUGAUAAUCAAGAGACUUCUGAUGAUUCAACUGGAAAUUUAGAAUUAAUCAAAAUAACUGAAAAUGCUAACAAAGAGGAUGAUAAUCAAGAGGCAUCUGAAGAUCCAACUGAAAAUUCAGAAUUAGUCAAAAUAACUGAAAAUGUUAACAAAGAGGAUGAUAAUCGAGAGAUUUCUGAAGAGCCAACUGAAAAUCCAAAAUUAGUUGAAGAAAUUAGAACUGUUACCAAAGAGGAUGACAAUAGUCUUAAAGACAAAGAUGUGAAGAGUCCUACAUUAGAAUUUAAAGAUUCCAAGAGUGCUAGUAUGACACACUCUUCUAAAUUUUCAAGUGAUAUUCAAAUUUCAUGCAAUCAAGAAUCUUCUUCAAAUAUGGAUUCUACUACUCCAGUACAAUCUGUGCCUUACUCUUUAUCUGAUAUUCAGUUACCAGAAAGUCCUGGAAGUAUUUCUAAAUCUGUGUCUCAAAUAUCAUCUGAUGUUUCAAGUGCAUCCCAUGUAACCUCAGAAAAGAAUGACAUUGAAUCAACAGAGAAGAAUUCGGAAACUCAGUUGCAUUCAAAUGGUAUUACCUCACCCGGUAUAGUUGUUUCCAGUAGUAAUAAGAAUGCAUCUAAGAGACGGAACUCUAAUUCCGAUUCUGAAGAUCCUACCGGUGAAUCAUGCGAUACACCAAAUUCUGUAAAUUCAGUUAACUGUAGUGAUGAAAAACAAAAGAUUGGAAAUUCUCAAAAGAACAGUUUGAGUGAUACAUCUCAGGCACUAGAACAUAAAACUAAAAAAGAUAAUGCUGUACGUGAAGAGGAAAAGAUAAUUCCAAAAGCAGAUGUAGAGCCUACAAAAGAGCAAUCAAGAGAGUCAUCAAAAGAAAAAGAGAGUGCAAGAAGAUCUAGGUCUUCUUCAGAAGACAGUGAUAAUGGGCGAAGUCCUGAUUCUGGUAAAGCACAUGCUCAAAAGGUAAAAUCUGUUAGUGAUGGUUCAGACGAUGAAAUUAAGAAAAGCAAACGAAACAAGAGUAGUUCCAGUGAUAGUUCACAGAACAGUGAAAGUAGCCAAGAUCGCAAUUUCAAUAAAAGUAAAUCAGUUGGUCACAGAGAUUCUAGUGUUAAUUCUAAUUCUAGUUCUGUGCCUGAUACAGAAAAAACUAAGAAUAAUUCUACGAAUAAUGCUGAACAUAUGUUGAAGUAUGCAAAUGCUGCAUCAUCCAAGCAGAAGCUUAAAAUAAAGCGUGACAAUAUUUUAAUUUCAAAAACUAAGGCAGUACCUAAGGAGACUUCUAAAGAAAGUGGAGCUCUAAAAGAUACUCAAAGUUCAAAUGUUCCUGCAUCACCAUCAUCUAAUUCUUCAGUUAAAGAUGAUGUGCCAAAAGUUGCCGAUGAUAUACUAAAAGCAACUUAUUCUUCUAGGAAAGUCUGCUUAUCAGGUCGUAAAAUAAAUAGAAAAUCAACUGAAGAAAUCCAAUCCGAUGCACCUAAAGUUAAAAAGAGUAAAUGGAGUAGUUUUGCUACAACUCAGAAAAAAUCUCAGUCUAUUAACAUAUCUAUGGAUUCACUUAAAAAUUGGUUUCCUGAUUUUAAGCUUAUUAAUGAGCCUGUUCCUGUAAAUGAAUUGGUUUCUGGUGAAAAUUCUCCAUCUAUUAAAGAAGAAAAAGUUUCAAAUCUUUUCCAUACAGAUUCAACCAGUAUGGAUGAGCCUAGCAUUAAGCCAAAUACAAGUUCUAGAAAACAAGCUGAGCCUGAUAUGAAAUCCGAGUCCAUGGAUGAUAGUCAUGAAGUAGAAAAUGCAUCCAGGAUUAUUUUUAUUCAGAAUUUAGUGCGACCAUUCACACUACAUCAGUUAAAAGAACUGUUGAAACAAAGUGGAAAUAUAAUUGAAGAACAUUUUUGGAUUGACAAAAUAAAAUCCAAGUGCUUUGUUAUGUAUGAAACUAAAGAAGAAGCUAUCAAAGCUAGAAAUGCUCUAAAUGGUACAAGAUGGCCAGUGUCAAAUCCAAAGAUAUUAUCAGUAGACUUUGCCACUGAAGAUGAUAUUGAGUCUCACAAAAGAGGAAGUGAGCCUCCUAAAACUGUACCCGAGCCCACAAAUCAGAAUAUUGAGACUUACGAAGUUAGAAAUGUGCAUCCAGCAGAAGAGCAUCGGAAAAAGGAGAGGGAUCGAAAGAAAGAAAGAGAGAGAUCGAAAACUAGAAUGCCUGUGCGGGAGUGGGAUAAAGAUAAAAUUUCACAGGACUCACCAGAGAAAGACACUACUGUUAACAGAGAAUCUGAUUCAAAAGCCAAAAGUUCAGAGAAAAGAGAGAAGAAAGAUUCUAAACGAAGGCCAAAUGAAGAUACUCCAGCAAAGCUACUAGAUGAUCUGUUUCAGAAAACCAAAGCUUCACCUUGCAUUUAUUGGUUACCAUUGACAGAUGAACAGGUUAAUGAAAGAGAAGAAGCAAAACGCCUAAGAAGAAUUGAGCGUGAAAAGAGAAAUCAACAAGCAAGAGAACAGGAAGAGUCUGAGCGCAAAAGCAAGAGAGCACGGUCUGGUCACAGAAGUCGUGAGGAAUCAAGAAGGAGCUCAACAAGAAGUCGUAGUCCGAUUUCGAGGCACCGAUGAGUUAAAUUGGGUUAAAUUUUUAUAAAUGUAAAAAUCCCUGGCCUCCUAUACAUUGCAUCUAUGAAAAAUCCUACAGCUUCUUAACCAGGUAUAGAAUAUAAAAUGGUACCUACAACUUAAAUUAUUUGUCCCACAUUGCAUGAAAGGGUACAAUGGCUAAGGUAGAAGGGGUCAGUUCUGCAUUUAUAUGUGUGAAACCUUAAUUUAAAGAAUACUUAAAAUAUAUUAAUUUUUAAAUGUAUAUCCCUCAUUUUUGUAUAUGCAAACUAUUAAUUAUUUACAUAUUCCUUUAGUGCUUCUGUUUGAUGUGUGAUUGUUCUUAAUGGUAAUGAAAGGCUAUUAGUUAUCUCAAAUUAAUAAAAUAAUGCAGAACUAUUCCUUUUCUAUGUUAAUGAGCUAUGUGAAAAUGGGUUUUAAAAUUUAGCUAAAAUAUUUCAAAACAGGAAGGUAAGUACUUCAUAAAUUUGGCAGAAGUUAAUGUAUGUGUGGUGAUUUUGAAUGAGUGUUUUUUUUUUUUUUUUCCUUCCUUUUAUUUAAUGUUUUCCCUUUUGCUAGCCACAAAUUAUAAGGGGGCCAGUGGAAAUAACUUUAUUUAGUUCGUCAUCUACCAUAAUCCUUUUGCAGAUGAAAGCAGCCAAUCGAAAAUGAUUCACCUUUAACGGUGGUCUCCCCCAUCUUUCGACCCAGGAUAUCACACAGGGAUAGAAGUUUUAAGGGUGUGCAGUGUAGGAAUUGUUUCACAAUGAAAAGAUGCCUGAUUGGAACAAAAUGUUUAUAGCUACAUUUUUAAAACAGCAAAGCAGAGUUUGUAAAAUGGACAAUUGUUCCAUAAAUUUUGUCGCGAGUUCUUGGAUAUGAUCUCGGUUCUUCAAAAGUAUAAAAAUUCAUUUCAGAACUGAAUUUACUUUUUUAUAUUUAUGAAUGGCACCUAGUAUAUUGAAUGACAUCACAUGGACAUAAUCACUCAUCCUAAUUACACUUGUGUAAAUCUUUAAGUAUGUCAUUCAUGUUCCAUACAUUUGGCAUGUUAUGUUCAUUAGGUCUUGUUUAUUGAACUUGUAUGUUGUAAAGCAAAAUAAAAUCAUUUCAUUUGUUGCUUUUAUUGAUGGUAUUAAGACCAUGUUUUGCAGUUGUAUACCAGCAUUACUGUAUAUGUAGCUGUUGUAAAAGGUGUUUAUUAAAAUUAAGUUUGAUUCCA